AGCGGAGAGACGUCAUCCCUGUGGAGGUGGUGGCGAUGGAGGGCGGCGAAGAGGGCGGACGUGCACUGUUGACACCGCUUGAGCGGGCAGCCGUGGCGGCGGCCGAGUCAACCGUUAUUCUUCAUUGCCAGGAGGUCAGUAUCUGGAAGGAGACAAACAUAGAAACAGGGGCAGAACAUGAUGACGGAGUCUAUGUGGACGAAGUGGUUUGUGGAUUAGGAAGAGGGGUAACAGAUGGAGACAUAACCAGGGGAGGUAGGAGUGGUGAAGACAGGGGUGGUAGAGUAGUCGGAAGGUGGGUAACAGACGGCGAUAAAACCAGGGGAAAUAAAAGCGGUGAAGACGGGGGAGAUGAAGUCAGGGGUGGUGAAGUGGCUGAAGCAGAGACAGGGGGGGCAGUCGUAGGUGAGACCCGAAGAGGGGACUCUGCAGGUGGUAAUGCAGGCACGACCACGGAUGCCAUGGAGGAACGCACCGAGACCAAGGGCGACACAACAGAUGCGGUGGUCACGGAUGCCAUGGAGGAACACACCGAGACCAAGGGCGACACAAUGGCUGCGGUGGCCACGAAUGCCAUGGAGGAACACACCGAGACCAAAGGCGACACAGCAGCUGCGGGUCGAGUUGCUCCCGCGGAAUCAAUCGUAGAAGCAACCAAGGCCGAUGAGGAAGAGGCUGCGAACCGAAAAGGGGCAGCCAGGGUCACAAACGGCAUGGAAGGGGUUACUAAGACUGAUAAGGACGCAGGUGCGGCAGACACAGGUAAUGAAGAAGAGGCUGUGAUAGGUGUGACAGGUGCCGAUAAUGAAGAAGGGGCUGUGACAGGCGUAGUCCGAGGACAGUGUGUAGAUACCCGAGAAAGCGGGUGAUGAAUAGACCAUCGAAGAAUGUUGCGGAACCAACUGGAGAGGCGGGUCACAUGCGCAAGGUACCUGUGUUGACGUUUACGAAUAUAGGAAGUC